AUGUUCGGAGCUACCGUUUUCACCUAUUAUACUUUCUUGCAUCCCCUGAAGAACUAUCCAGGGCCCCUUUUGGCCAGAGUGACAGAUGCCUAUGCGGGAUACCACGCCAUCAUGAUGCAGCUGCACUUAGUCGCAUGGGAAGAUCAUCAGAAAUACGGUCGAAUUAUAAGACAUGGUCCUAACAAACUCGUCUUCAAUUCCGCUGAGGCUCUCAAGGACAUUUAUCUGAACGAAAGAGUCCCGAAAUCUCACGUAUAUUUGACGACCCUCCACGCAACAACGGGGGAGAAUAUAUUUUGUACAAUCGACAAGCGUACUCACCGCUCGCGACAACGCUUGAUUGGCACUGUAUUUAACGAUCGCUUCCUGCAGCAGUUUGAGCCCACUAUAGUAAAGGAGAUCAACGUACUGCUGGGGCUGAUACUUGCGUCAUGUCAAGCCUUUGACGCGCAGCCCUUGGAUAUGACCAAGAGAUUUCAAUACCUAACGCUGGACAUCAUCGGACAGCUCGCGUUCGGAUACUCAAAUCAUGUUCAGAUUAGACCGAUAAACCGGUUCUUACUUAAAGGCAUGAAGGCGGUUAACUAUCAUAUUAACGUCCUCAUGCAGUUUCCAGCCCUAGCACAGUCUGGGCUUGUCUCCCUGAUGAAUAUAUUCACGGCCCGUCAGCAACAGAAGAAUUUAGAUUCUUUACGGAAAAUCAUCAAGAAGCGGACUGAUCAAGGUAUCGAGGCAAAGCAAGAUCUAUAUCAUGUUGUCACCAAGCAGGCGGGAAUUUAUGAUGAUAAAAACAUUGAAAUGAGCGAGUUGUGGUCCGAGGCGGCAUUUUUCUAUGUUGCAGGAGCCGAGACAAGCUCAACAACGAUGAGUGCGCUGCUUUUCUACCUAUCUCGAAAUCAGCAUUGCUAUCAACGGCUGGCUUCGGAGAUACGCUCCACAUUUAUGGAUGGGGGGGACAUUCGAAAGGGUGCAAAACUUGUUGGCUGCAAGUACCUUCGUGCUUGUAUUGAUGAGGCCCUACGCUUGUCACCUCCAGUACCUGGAAUAUUAUGGAGGGAAUUUUCGGGUGACGAGAUCAAAAAGAACGGCCCCUUGGUCAUUGAUGGACAUGUGAUAAGCCCGGGAACGCAAGUUGGUGUCUGCACUUACGCCGUCCAUCACAACGAGGAGUACUUCCCGGAGCCUUUCAUGUUCAAGCCAGAGCGGUGGCUGGCGGAUGAAAUAACACCGAGCCGACCUUUGCAAGCCUUCGCACCAUUUUCGAUUGGGUGUCGGUCUUGUCCAGGAAAAACCAUGGCGUAUUUAGAAAUCAGUCUCACAGUAGCCAAGAUACUGUGGUAUUUUGACUUUGAGAAUUGUUCGAGCAGUCUCGGCAGUCUCGAAGGAGGUAACCCGGGCAGAUCAGGUCGAAGGGGGAGGGCAGAGGAGUUUCAGCUGUACGACAUCUUUGCAACAACCCACACCGGCCCUAUCUUGUCAUUCCGGCCCCGAGGUGAGUUUUGGAAGGAAUUGGCAACGGUGUAA